AUGGUUAACAAAGGAAAUGAAAUAUUUGAAAUUGAGGAUGAUGAACAUUUGGGAGAAUCUGAUAAUGUGAGAAUAAUGGAUGAUGUGAACACAUUGGAUGAUGAAUUGUUAGGAGAAGAUGGUGGUCCGCUUGUGCCUAAGGUUGGGAUGAAAUUCAACGAUGAAAAUGCAGUAUUCGAUUUUUACAAAUCGUAUGCUUAUGAUAUAGGCUUUCUAGUUAGGAAAAGGAAUUCGAAGAAGGGUGACGAUAGCGUUGUAAAUAUUGAUUUGGAUGAGGAGGCUCGAUUGAAGAUCGUGUUCUGGGCAGAUAAUAGGUGUAGGGAAGCCUAUAAGGAGUUCGGUGAUGUUGUCACCUUUGAUACCACAUAUCUUACGAAUAAGUAUGACAUGAUGUUCGCCCCUUUUGUUGGUGUGAAUCAUCAUGACCAAUCGACACUGUUUGGAUGUGGUUUAGUGUCAAACGAAGAUACCAAGACUUUUGUUUGGCUCUUUAGGACAUGGCUCCAGUGCAUGCAUGGUCAAGCUCCCACUGGCAUAAUAACUGACCAAGAUAGGGCAAUGCAGAACGCAAUUCAGAUAGUUUUUCCAAACACUAAGCAUAGAUGGUGUUUGUGGCAUAUUUUGAAAAAGUUACCAGAAAAAUUUGGGAACCAUGUUCAUAAGGGUUCUAUACAUUUAGCAAUCCAUGAAGUAGUAUAUGAAUCCCAAACUCCUGAAGAAUUUGAACAAGGCUGGACUUCAAUGAUUAAUACCUACACAUUGCAUGAGAAUGAAUGGUUGUCAGGACUUUAUAUAGAAAGAAAUCGUUGGGUUCCAUGUUUCUUAAAGACAAGUUUCUGGGCAAGGAUGUCGACAACACAAAGGAGUGAGAGUAUGAAUGCAUUCUUUGAUGGAUAUGUUAAUUCGAGAACUUCGUUGAAACAAUUUGUUGAACAGUAUGAGCGAGCAUUAAAGAGCCAAGUGGAGAAAGAGUUUCACGCAGAUUUUAGGUCCUUUUCUCAAACAGUCCCUUGUGCAUCAAGGUACGAAAUGGAGAAGCAACUUCAGUCUGUCUACACAAUAUCAAAAUUCAGAGAAUGUCAAGAAGAGUUCACUUGA